CUUUACUUCAGCUUUUUGAACUUCCAUUUUGUUUACUCAGCGAGAUAAGAAACUCAAGCUAGGAAUCUAGCCUGCUUUCAGUUUACUCUUAAUACAGCUUUUUGAACUUUCUUUUCUGUUGAUUUAUCGUUAGAAGAUUCAAGACAACGGAGAUUAUAGUUUAUGGUGUACUGGUUAAUGCAAAGGAAUGCAAAGGAGUAGGGUAUUACUCCUACUACUCCUAGUACAUUACACACAUUUAACAAAGUCAAAGCUUAUCAACGCGGAAUUAUCGUUUUCGGCCCCAUGCAAACUUAGUACUACGGAUGGAUCGAAAAAGUGUGACCUUGCGGUUGAUGGAAACACCAGGACAACUUCUACCUAUAGCUGUGCGACGUCAAAAAGUCAGGCAAACCCAUGGCUUUGGGUGGAUCUGGGUGACUACCACUGGGUUUCUCAGGUAGUAGUGUACGGACCGACAUCCCUAAAACAGUUCACUGUUUAUGUUGGAAACAGCACUACCGACCCCACUAGUGGGAUCCAGUGUGGUGGAACUUACGAUAUUGCUUCUGGAACUACUAACGAACAAGUGAACUGUGACCCUGUGAUCAGAGGACGGUAUGUAGCCAUCACUCUCGCUAAUACCGCAGUUCUAACUGUAUGUGAACUUAUGGUCUACGGAGCUGACUUGUUUAACGUGAUGGGAGCCCAAGGAGCAGACUGUAACACAGCCUGUAACGAACAAGGCCUCACCUGUAACACACACAUUAAUUCACGGGAUGACUCUAAAAUAAUGAACAACGCUGGGAUUCCCUUCUGUUACAGAUACAGUAGCUCUAAUACAUGGUUCAAUGAUGAUCAACCUGGAUAUGUGGCCGGUACUUCUGAUCCUAACAGAUACAGAUGUAUUGGCUUCAAGUCUGUUCCUGAUUCUGUUCCUUGUACUGGAAAUUAUUGGUCUGUUCAGAGACUCUGUGCGUGUGACAACUCCGGAAGUGUAUCUGCGAGAGCUUGUGAGACUCACACCCCUACCUGCUCCUCUGUUGCUGUUAUUCAGUGUCCUGCAGGGAUGCAGAUAGUCAUAAAUGAUGCCCAGUUUAACGGGACGAGCUGUGGAAUAGACGCUACAGACAAGGUAAAAGCAAUGUGUCACAACAAGGACAGAUGUCAACUGUACGCUAGUUCAGCUACAAUUGGGAACAGUGGAUGUAAUCCUGGAACUGCUACUCUAGUCGUGGGAUACUCUUGUAAAAUUCCGAUCCCAUGUGCUCUUGGAGAGUUCACCUGCGAUAACGGAGAGUGUAUAUCAGACCACAAGAGAUGUGAUGGAACUACAGACUGUGGAGAUGGUAGUGAUGAGAUCUGCUCCUUCAUGGACAUCUCAAUGGGAUCUAAGUGUAAAUCCCUGACCACAUUCUACGAGAACGUGUGUGACAGAGUAGUGGACGGUAACGAGAACUCGGACUACUACGCGGGCAGUUGUUUCCACAGCGAGAUGGAUAUUAAGAACCCCUGGGUACAGAUUGAUCUGGGCAAGACAUCACAAGUGGACCAGAUUACUAUUGUUAACAGGAUGGAAUGCACUUACUGUGAGGGUCGUAUCAACCCCUUCCGACUCUACGUUGGGGACACCACAGACCCGGACAAGAUGACACUAUCUGAGGCUUGCCAGGGAAAAGUGUUCAACAUUCCCACUGGACAAUCUACUUACGAUGUCAAGUGCAACAAAAAAGGCCAAUACGUUACCAUCUACCUUCCUGGAGACAAACGAACCCUGAACUUCUGUGAGAUGACAGUGAAGACGAAGGUGAACGGUCUGGAGUGUAGUACUAAUGUUGAUAACACGUACUAUGUAAACGGAAACACUUACCAGCUCAUGUGCCCCGCUUGUGCUACUACAGGUUCAGUGUACGGUACAGGAACAUACGCAGCCCGGUCCUCAGUCUGCACUUCUGCAAUACACUCUGGGGCUAUAUCUCCGGAGGGAGGUUGCAUCUACGCUACUAUUGGAGCUGGAGCUGCUAACUUCAGAGGCAGCACUCAGAACGGAGUCACCAGUCAAGAUUAUGGUGGACUGAGUAAGUCGUUUGAUGUAGCAGCAUGCUCAGGAACCAUCUCAAAGUCAGUGUGCCAGACCCCAGGAGUAGGAUCCUGUACUAACAACACCAUGAUCAUACAGUGUCCUAAGGACAUGGUCCUCCUCAUUGAAACUGCUUCUUACGGAAUAGCUCCCAGCUGCAGUGCUCCAGAUACAUUCCAAAUCGUAAGAGAGAAAUGUAGUCACAGUAACUCUUGUAAACUCUCUGCUAACAACAACAUGUUCGGAGAUCCCUGCACUGGAAACAAACAGCUUACCGUGUCUUACUACUGCCAAGUGUCCGCUCCUUGUCCUACGAGCGCAUUCGCCUGCGGUUCUGGUCAAUGUGUUGACCACGCCCUUGUGUGUGAUGGAAAGCUGGACUGUUAUGACGGGAGUGAUGAGAACUCAACAAACUGUGUGGGAGGCUGUAAUUUCGACAAAGGAGGUUUCUGUGAUUGGAAACAGUCAGCUGGUGACGAUCUAAAAUUCUAUCUGGACUCAAGUGAUAUCUACAACAACUACGAUACUGGUCCUCCUCAUGAGCAUACCAACCCGGUGGCACUUCCUGAUAAGGACUGCAAAACCUGGAAAAAAGGUCUAGAAUACCGUGGUACUGAAAGUGUCACGAUGUACGGUAACAUUUGCCAACGUUGGAGUGCUCAGAAACCUCAGACUAACCCCUACAUCCCCGCGUCGGCGUACGCAAGCAAGGGUCUGGGAGACCACAGCUUCUGCAGGAACCCGGACGGCAAGGCUGGAGGACCCUGGUGUUAUACCACGAAAACUAAUGUUGUGUGGGAGUAUUGUGAUAUCCCCGUCUGUGGUGAGUGGUUCUAA